CCCGAGGAACUAGACGACGAGCCACGUAUCAAAUUGAUCAAGUAUCGAUCAAAACGUAACUUAAGAAAAACAAUCUCAUGGCUUGCCAAAGAGGAGAGGGAGAAGACGGUCGUCCUCAAGUAAAAAAGUUCGAUGGUUUUGAUUUACCCACUGUUGGUCCAAUCUCAUCUUAUCGGUUGAGACACUUUGAGCACGCGCGGUACUGGCACCCUUCAAAUAAAGCGUUUGUUAAGGUUUAUGCCCAGCUGGGACUUCACCGUUACAAUUUUUUGGAGGGGACUAACUACCGGUUCUCUCUCUUACAAAGUUACAACAGGGGUAUGACUUCCGGGGCUGCCCGGUACUACCUCUCCCUGUUUGCAGACUGUCCAGAUUCUGGUCGUACGCUCCCUUUCCAUGCGCUUGUUAGUGAAAACCGCAUCGGUCGUCUGGAUAUCUCGGUCCACAUAGCUAGACCCCGAUGUUCAGAGGAGCAGCCUCGACUUUGCCGACCAACCUACACAUGUAGUCCUCUGCCUCGCUGGCCCUCCUCAGAGAUGUUUGCCCAGCGGCGUUUUUACACGUUGAAUGAACACGAGCUGCGAAACACUGAUUGGGUUCGUUUGUAUUUGGAUCUUGCACACAGUACCUGCGAUAGGGGUAUGACUGAGAGCCAACUCUCUGAUUUCUACAUUGAGCAAGUGGCCAUUCGAAGUCUCAGUGAUGCGGAUCCGCCGAGUCUCGACUCCAAGAGCCUUGUCGUCUACAUGGUAUACAAAGACUUGGCCAAGGAUCGGCUUGGUGAGCCGUGUUACCGCAAAGCCAUCAUUAGACGGGUCUACGAGGAGUCUUCACGAUCAUUGACUUUCCAAGGUAAGCAUUGGAGCUUUUCUGAGGAGAAGGAGAAGAAGAAGAAAAAAAAAGACAAGAAGAGAUUUGCACUGCUCAAGAAACGUUUAGGUGUUUGCGGAGCCUGGCGUUUGGGGAUCGAUGUCUACAGGAAACGUGGCAUCCGCUCUUCUUCGACCACUCGUUGAUCAGUGAUUUAUCCGAGUACUAUUACUAUGUUUUUUUGUGCUUUUUGUGUGUUAAGUGGAUCAGUCUCCGCACGUUGUUUAGUUCAGCACUUAUGUCUUGACUUUUUUUUUCUUAUAAAAAAAAAUUGACUUUGUUAUGCAUUCA